AUGACUGAAGUCUCGAACACCCGACUUUAUCUCGGGAACCUUCCCCGCAAUGUAACCAAGCAGGAUAUUGAGGAACAUUUCAGCACCCAUGGCUCUGGGAAAAUCACAGAGAUCAAACUGAUGAAUGGCUUCGGAUUCAUCGAGUACGAAGACGCGAUGGAUGCUCGAGAUGUCGUUCCCGAUGGCAGCGAUUUCAAGGGCGAGCGACUCACUGUGCAGUUUGCCCGUGGGCCGCGCCGCAAGGAGAACUUCCCAGGCCCGAUGGACCGUCCCAACAUGCCUCGCCCCCGUCGCACGAUCUUCCGCAUGUUGCUUUCUGGACUCCCGGAAACAAGUUGGCAGGAUUUGAAAGACUUCGCCCGUCAGUCUGGCCUCGAUGUGGUGUACUCCGAAACUGGUCGUGAACCUGGCAGAGGAUUUGUUGAGUUUGAGACCGCCAACGACUUGAAGACUGCGGUCGAGAAGCUCGACCAGCGCGAAUUUAAAGGAUCCCGCGUGACGUGUAUCGCCGAUAUCCAGAGCUUCCCUCCGGAAGACCGUUCUUUCCGGGAUCCCUACCGGUCCCGAUCCCCUCGCCGGAGCUUUCCCCCCAUGGAGGAAUACGACCGCAGAUUCCCGGCACCCCGUGGCUACAGCCCGCGGGCUCAUUACCGGGAAAGGUCCCCAAUCCCCAUGCGUCGGGAGUACUAUGAGCGGGAUGGGUACGGACGCCGGACGCCUCCUCGCCCUCGUAUGGAAGACUAUCCUCCUCCGCGUCGACCCUAUGAGGAUCCGUAUGGCCCGCCACCUCCGCCCCGGCACUAUGAGGACCCCUACAUGCAAGCCAGAGCCUACCCGCGGCCCCGGAGUCCUCCACGGGGCGAGUACAUGCCCUACGAGCGCCGUGGUUACUGGUAG